AUGGAUUCACCCCUUGGACCUAUAAUGACCGAUAUGUUUAUGUCUAAUAUUGAAUUAAAAUUAAAUCAAUUUUUAACAAAUAAGUCAUCAUUACGAUUUGAGAUCGAUAUUGUAUUUCGUAAACCAUCAACAUUAAAAUGUUUAUUUCUACCAUUACAAUUGAUAUAUCGAAUAUCAUGUAAAGAUUAUGAUAAACAUUAUUAUGAUGAAACCAGAAGAGAAAAAUCUAUUCGUAUGGAUGAACAUCAAGCAGAUAUUCGUAAUUGGAAACAAAAGUCAUUAGUUGCUCAACAUGUCAAUCAAGAUAACUACACAUUUGGUUUCAACAAUGUUAAAUAUUAA